AAUGAAUACAAAGAGCUCAAAGAAAGACAAGAGAGUUAAAGGAUCUAGAUCUAAGAGCGCCAAAGAAGGAUUCUUGAAAAAGAUCGAUGCUGCCAUGAAAGUUUAUGACUACGCUGACGAAACCAAAGAAGUUAAAGGAAAGAGCGAGAGACUCAGCGCUAUCAACGAGCUCCAGAAUCUGUUACAGGACCAAAAGACCGUGAGCCAGCUGAUUAUUCCAAACUUGGAUUCUUGCAUGCAGAUGAUCGAGAAGAACAUUUUCAGAUGUUUGCCGAACAUUAAGAAGAGUAACCUCGCUUUCUCUGAGACUGGUAUUGACCAAGAGGAAGAAACUGACCCUGCUUGGCCUCAUUUGCAAGGGAUUUACGAGUUCUUCUUGCAAUUAAUCAUGAACGAUUCCAUCGAGGUCAAACUUUUGAAAGGAUAUGUCACCCCUGAAUUUGUUGGAAGGUUCUUAGAACUUUUCGAUAGUGAAGAAGCUGUAGAAAGAGACUACCUCAAAAAUAUCCUUCACAAACUCUACGCUAAACUUGUUCCUAGAAGAAAAAUGAUCAGGAAGGCAAUCAACGAGGCCUUCUAUCAGUUGAUCCACGAGGGACAUAAGUUCAAUGGUGCUUCUGAAUUACUCGACAUUUUGGCCUCUAUUAUUUCAGGGUUUGCUGUGCCAUUGAGAGAAGAACAUGUUAUAUUUUUCAAUAACAUUAUCAUCCCUCUACACAAAGUUCAGACUUGUUCAGAGUUCUUCGAGCAGCUCUUGAGGUGCUCAAUGCUUUUCCUGACUAAGGAUAAGUCUCUAGCCAUUACUCUCCUCAGAGGCUUACUAAAAUAUUGGCCAUUCGCUAACUGUGUUAAGGAAACCCUCUUUCUGACAGAACUGCAAGAAGUGCUCGAGAUAGUUGAUGAUGACAAGAUCGGAGACCUUGUAGUACCACUCUUCAGAAGAAUUGUUAGAUGCAUUGGAGGCACCCAUUUGCAAGUCGCUGAUAGAGCCAUGUGCUUCUUUGAGAACGAUUAUUUCCUCACUAAGCUAAGAAUUUAUAAAGAUGUCACAUUCCCAAUGUUGGUUCCUGUCAUUGUGGAACUAUCUGAAAAUCAUUGGCAUAAGAUCUUACAAGAGAGUUUGAUUGCUCUCAAGGUCAUCCUCAAGGAAAUAGAUUCUGCAGCCUUUGACGAGGCUCAGCAAAUUUCUAAGACCGAUGAUAGACGGUUCAUCGUCAAGCCCAAUGUCGAGAAAAGAAAUGGAUUGGACUCUAAGUGGGAGAGAUUAAACACCAAUUUAAAAUCCACUUCUGCUGGAUUUACUCCCCCAGAUGUCCCAUUCAAGAGUUCUGAAUUGAUCUCAAGCUAUAAUGGACUCUACAGAAAGAUCUACGACAAGGAAAAGUUCAUUAACGAGUAA